CCCACUGAAAAUGACUAUCUGCUGACUCAAGAACGGAAGAGAGAAACGGUUCUUGAUUUUCAUUGAAGUGUGUUAUAAUUUCAUUCAAAACAGACAGCGAUCGUCUGGAAAUGAACAUUCUUUAUUUAGAAUUAAAUAUAUCAAUAUGUAUUCGACAGUAGUUAUAUUUGUAAGUUUAAGCAGUUGUUUACUGGCAGAAGAUAUCCCUUUUUGUGAAGAUGGAUUUUAUUACAACCGAGGCGAAGUCGAGUGUGUUCAAUGUUCUGAAUGUGAAGGAGCUAAUCUUAUUAUCCGAGCCCCUUGUGGUGGUGACCAGAACACUAUCUGUGGACCAUUUGUUGAGUUUGACCAAUUCCAUCAAAGUCCCAUUGAUAAUGUAAAGCCAAACCAGACAUAUGAAUGGUUUGACAAGACAAUAGAGGAUAAUCAGCAUACGAACUUUCCAACAACAGUGGAUCAGGAUUACAAAUGGUACAACCUUGCUAUGGCGCUUCUGGGAGUACUGUCAUUUAUUUCACUUGCUGUUGGGAUAUACAUUAUAGCUGUGUGUUUUGUUUGCAAGAGGCGAAGGCGAGAGAAGGAAAUCAUCUGUGACCCAGAAAUAUGCACGUCAGCGGGAGCCAACCAAAGGUCCAGACUGGUGCAGUCCUCGACUGUUCCCUCCAGGGACCGUCUCAAGACACAUCGGAACACGUACACGCUGGAUGAGGACUACGAUGCUGAUAACAGUAAUCAGACAGUUUCAUCGACAUCAUCACAUUAUGUGUACUUCAAAACAGCUGAUCCACCGAAUGUUUGAAACAUACUUUUCAUAUAAAUAUAUAAAUAUAUAACUGAAAGUUUGAAUGAUAUAUCUUUCAUGCGCGGGUUUUUCCUGCAACCAUGGAACUAAGCUUGACAACGCUUUGAUAAGAAAAAUCCACACCGAGAAUUGGCUGGUUUCAACAUAAUCCGAGUAUGCUGCUUAUAAAUUGCAUUGCUUGUUAUUGAUUUGAACAAAUAAGUCAUGAACAUUUAUUAAUGCCAAGUUUUUUUUUUACAUCAGCUGUACUGUUGUAAACAUGAUUUUUUUGUACUUUGCAUAGAAUUCUGUACAAUUUUUCCGUCGUUUGUAUAAUGGUACGUUCUGAUGCGUUUCGAUUUAAUACCGAGUUUGUACCCCUAGUUACGUUUAUACAUUGAAGAAAUAAGCCAUUAUUUUCUGAUCGCCAUGGGUGGACUUUUUGCAGAUAAUGGCAAGCAUGGCAUUAAAAUAGAUUAUAAUACAACCACCGGAAGUGAAAUGAAUAAUACAAGAGAGUCAUGAACUUUAUCCCUUUUAACUCAUUUUAUCAUUGUGAAAGGUGAAAAUUUUCUCGAUGGGUUUAACUUGUUCAUUAAAAUGCAUUUUCACUUAAGGGGCGGGACGAGAAACGCGUCGGACACCAAAGCGUAACAAUGGUUUAUUGGAAAAUUGACCAGUGUGCCAAAACAACACCGUGACCCGUUUUCCCAGGGUCAGCAAUUUAUCAUAAAAACAUAUGAAAAGGCUGCUAUAGUUUUGUUUUCAUAGAACGGAUAUGGGUCCUUAACACGCACUGUAUACAUUCAAUUCCUGUCCGGAAUAAAUUCAUUGUUAGUCCGAAACACAAUCUUACAAAUCAGAUGUGCAGUGAAUGGCGGGACUCGAGCAAAAGAUUUAAUUCAAUGAUGACCUCAAUUGUAUAUUAGCCCAACAAAAGUUUGACCCUUUUUGUUGAGUUCAGAUCAUUCAAAUCUUUGUUCAUUCAUAAAAUUUAAAUCGAUUUUAUUAGAAAAUGUGAUGCAUCUUUAUUUUGCAUGUUUUUAACACAUCUCAUGUUAUCCCCUAUUAAAAGUCUGAACAUUUCCACAUUAAACUUGCUCGUAUGUCAGAAACAUUUACAUUAAGCCUUAUCGGAAAAAUCUUUUCUAUUAUUUAAGAUUGUUCAUUUAUUUUUAUUUUUAUUGAUGGUAAAAUGAACAGGUAGUUCAAAUGAUCCAAACUAAUUUAAAGUUCGUUUUUUAACAUUUUAAGUAGUUUUGCAAAUAUUUGAAAGGUGUGCUAUAUUUGUUUAUUUGUUUUAUCUUUUGUUACAUAAAAUUGAAUGUCAAGUUAAAUUUUCAUUGAUGUGAAAUGUCAUUUGAAUGACGUUCUUUGAAGCUGAAAAAAUGACAUAGAAUGAAUAAUUCCAGAUGUUAGUAUUUGUUUUAGCCCUGUUAGUGUUCAUUUGAAGUCGUAAAUUAUACGAGUUUAGUCGAAUGACAUUAUGCAUCUUCAUAAGUUAUCCAUACUCCCACGUGUGAACAUCAUAUUCACCACAUAACUUUACUUUUUUCUCCCAUUAAUCAAAGACAUUAGACAAAAUGUGUUCGUAGUAGUUUAACAGUGUUCUAAAUGUAACCACAGAAAGUGUUCUAAAAAAAGUUAGAUACAAGUAUUUUAUCCGGUCAUAUAUCCCUAAAAUAUGUGGCAUAAAAAAAUCUAAGACUUGCACGAAAAUCUCUUGUUUUCAAAAGCGUUUUAAUCAGAAACAAUUUUUCCCCGACACAUUGUGUGCGACAUUUGUAAUUAAGUUGUGUUCCAUGUACUUCAGAAUAUACUCGUAUCUUUAUUUAAUUCUUGAUUUUUAUUUAAUUUCUGAUAGAUUAAAUAUUUGAAAAAAUGUGUAAUACUUUCAAUUGGCUCUCACCGAGGACUUGUUCAAAGCUGAUAUAUUUUUCAUACUGUAUCUAUCAAUUUAUUUGUCCAUAACUAUAACUAUUGUAAAAUGAUUUUUUUCGACUUCUAGCUUCCUAUGUCAUGUAUGUUCAUUUCUUUUUUUUUAGUUAUUUUAUUUACUAUAGAAAUGUUGGGAGCCAACAUAUUAGUUGAGUUGUUGUAUUUUUACUUUUUCAAAACCUUCUGUCCUAUGUGUUCAUUGAUAUUCUGUCCGUCUUUAAAGUGUUCAAGGUGAAAGUCAAACGACCUUGGAAAGGUCACGACCUAUUGAUUUUUCAUUGUUACUUGUUAUGAUCUGUGAUAUAAAUGUAAGAAUAUGUUCUUGUACAUAAACUAUCAAAUAUGUUUUUUUUUAUAAUUUAUUGAAAUUAAAAUUUGAAAAUAUU